ACGUUUUUAAAAAAUGGGAAUUUUGCAUCACAGGUGCGCGAGCGCGAUGACGUCAGUGGAGCGGGCGUCCAAAAAUAUCCUCCGAGAUUGAUUUUUAUAACAAGAGUGGAUGCAGAAGUGCAGAGCCACAGAGGUCCACCAUCACAGAACCAUCACAACAGACGCUUCUCUCACUGAUCACUGGAUGCUUCUUGUGAGGGAGGCCAAUAAUGGAGAAAAGAGCAGAAACAUCUCAGCAUUCUUCCAGAUCUGGACGGGUAAAGAGAGAGCCAUCACCUUCUGCUAAAGGGAGGAAAACCAAAGCACCCAAAUCUGUGAAGCUCCAAGAGCCCCACAAAAGAAAAGAAAAACCAGAAGUGACAGUAGAAGAAGAAAGAGGUGAAGCUAAAGAGGCUCAAAUCAUCUCCGGCAGCACUGUUGUAAACGUAGACAGUGUGAGGGAACGAAUAAAAGAAGAUCGAGAGGAGUUACUGGGAUUACUGGAGACCGAAGGGCCUGGAGAAGCCUUGAAGAAGAGAUACCUUGGAGUUUGUGAGCUACUUCUGAUCAUUUUGGUCCUGUCUGUGGUGAUCUUCUUCUUUCCUGUUGCCAUAUGGUUCUGUGUGAAGAUUGUGAGAGAACAUGAGAGAGCCGUGAAAUUUCGGUUGGGGCAUUUAUUGCAGAAGAGACCAAGGGGCCCCGGGCUGAUGUUUUAUUUCCCAUUUUUGGAUGUGUGCCAUAUAGUGGACAUUCGUCUGAAAAUACUGAAGAUCCCUCCUCACACGGUGGUGACCAAAGAUCUGGUGUGUACCGAAGUGAGUGCAGUGUGCUACUAUCGUAUCGAGAACAUCUCUGUGUGUUAUUCCUCCCUCGCCAGUAUCCCAGAUGUGCUGCAGUCUCUGACCCAGGUGUCUGUUAAAAAGAUACUGGCCCACCAUGCCUUCACUGACAUUUUGCUGAACCGGAAACGGAUGGCCCAGGAGAUUCAGGUCAGUUUAGAUUCGGUAACCUGCAGGUGGGGUAUCAAAGUGGAAAGAGUGGAUAUAGAAGAAAUCAGUCUUCCACAUGAGCUGCAACACAACUUUGCUGUGGAGGCCGAAGCAAGACGUCAGGCACAAGUCAAAGUGAUCGCUGCAGAGGGAGAAAAGGCGGCUUGUGAGGCUUUGAAGGCCUCUGUAGAGUCUCUCUCUGGUUCUCCAAUGGUUGUGCACCUUCGACUCCUGCAGCUCCUCAACAGUCUGCGCUCUGAGCAGCCCGCUGUGGUCCUCAACAUACCUCCUGAUGUCCUGACUCAAUCCAUCGACCUCAGCAGUUUGACCAGACCUGCCAAUCAAAGCCUGACCACAGGUGAUGGCUCAGAUGAUGCUAACAAAGAUUUGCCCAUGAUGUAAACACACCAUGACUCUCAGUGUUCACUUAGGAAGAACAGUUUCAUACGACUCAUUUUAUGUAGACAUGCACAAAAUAUCAGUACGAUAUUGGUUAUUGGAUGAUAUUUGAGAUCGGUAUGGGUCAAUAUUUAUUGGUGCUUGCUCAUUUCCUCUAUUUUUACAUUUAGUUACCUUUGCUCCAUCUAACUCUCACUUUGACUUAAUAUUUAAAAACACUAAUAAAAUACACUAUUAAAUGUAAUCUUUAGCAAAUUUGAUGAUAUGUGCAAUACAAGUACACUUCAAAUACAGAUGUAUCUAUUGAAACUUUAUUAUUUUGGGGGCCUUGGGUGCGGGUGUAACAUUAUUCUUGCUUGCUGUAAAAAGGGUAAAUAUAGUCAGAGGUUAGGAAACAGGUCAGUUCAUAACAUAUACUGUAUUUACAUAAAUAAAAGAUUUCACAACAGGAACAAGUCGAAUUUACCAAAUUGACCAACAGAAAGCUGCUUGGUUUGAAACUGACUUGUAUGAGUGGUGCUUCAUAAAUCACUACACUUACACUUGGUCUCCACACUAGACCGAGCCUGUAGCUGCCUCUCCAGAUCU